AUGUUGGCUGCUGCAAGCCAGGCCCGCUCCAAGGUGGUGCUUGCCCACAUCCGCGCAGCGACCGACGGCGAUCGCAGCGCGGCCAAUCGCCACCCCUUUCAGUUUGGACCCCUCCUCUUUAUGCACAAUGGCGGCGUCCCUGAUUGGCGUGAGCAUUUUGCCUCGGCGCUGCGAUGCCCAGAUCUGCGGCGCCUGUUGGCGGGCGAGACCGACUCAGAGUUUGCAGGCGCACUGUUUGCACAACACCUUGCCGGCGGCGACGUGUGUCUCCGCUCCAAGGAGUUUGAACCGGCUGAAGUGAUCGGCGCGAUGAGACGGACGGUGCGUGACAUCGAAGGCACCAUCGCACGGCUCACUGGUGCCUCGCACGGCUCACUCAACUUUGCCGCCUCAGACGGCCGGACAGCCGUCGUGACGCGAUUCAGAACCGCAGCAAAUGACGAGCCACCAUCGCUCUACUUUGCCAUUACCGGGUCAACUGAGCGGGCUGCAGCUGCUCGCCUCCUUGACAGUCAGGCCGCCGUGGUGGGUGAACAGCGGGCGGCGUGCGCCGCGCGCAGCGAUGUGCGCGUGUGGGCGCCGCUCUAA